GAGACUCAGCACUAUCCCAUAAUUGAACCGUGCCUGUUGAUGAACCUCGUGUAAUCAUUCUGAAUUGGAUCCAGAUCUUUACACCUGAUGGUUUGGAUCGGAUGGAUUAUUUACCCACCAAUGUGCCGGAUCUUUUUCUUAUUUAAAAAUAGAUAAAGUCCAGAUUCAAGGGCAUUGCCAUUUAUCGCCAAGCUGCCAACGCUGUUCUGAGUUCUGACUGUCACACUCCGGUCUCUGCGUCACCUUCCUGGCCCCAACUCCGACCGAAGACGGAGAAGACAGACGUAGACGCACGUCUAUAUAGGAAUAGUCUUCAUUAUUUGUAAAAAUGAGACAGCAGGCACAGUAUGGUGAUCCAUCGUCCAAUGCUUAUGUUGCUGCUCAGAUGCAUCACAUGGCUGAUCAGAGGAUGGAAACCAAGCCUAAUAAUUUUGAAGAACAGCUCGAGGCCUUCACUCCAGAGAGAGAGAAUCCAUACGCAAAUUCCAAGCCAGAGGUUCAGCGAAGAUGGGAAAUGGAUGGAUCAAAUAUGAUGAAUUCGAUGGCAUCUUGUCAAGGGGGUGAUGCUCCAAGAUCCUUUUUUCAGGAUCAGAGGCCGGAUCAUAAGAUAGCUUUGCAGAAUCAAAGCAAAAACCUCAGAUCUCUGGUCCAUAAAGAAGACACAGAUGUUAUAUAUGAGGCGAAUAAUUUAUCACAAACUUAUGAAGGUCUUGAGCAGAGGUUUCUGGAUGACAUUCUAAAGCUAUCCAAAGAACAGAAUGAUGCUGAAGAUGUAGAGAACGCCAGGCACAGAGAGAAACUAAAUGCUAUCAAUGCUCGGUAUGAAGAAAAAUUGGCGGCACUUCGAGCUCAGCAUGCUGGCAGGAGAAAUGAGUUUCUUCAAAGAGAAUCCAAAGCAAGACAACACCAAUACCAGCAAAACAUAAGAGAUCCUCACCCAAGUAGUGGCAUGCCUCCCGGCGAUCCUUGUGGUUACAAUUCUGCUAUUGCUUCCACGGCAGUUGGAGAUAUGCAAAUGCAACGUGGCUAUGCAGCCGAUCCCUACGAUCGAUAUGGGGAGCGUAGUCGAUUUCUUGGAGGAGGUGCAAGAGUUCAAGAAUUUGAGCCUAGAGGAUCAUAUCCUGGGGGCCGUGUUUAUGACACUGGAUCGCGCCACUACAACUGAGUUGCCAUAGCCCAUAGGUUCAAAUUAAACUGCUUAUAUAGAUGUAUCAGUGAUAUGCUCAAUCUGUGUCUACGAAACUGUAUCUUACGCAUUUAUUUCCCAUAACGAGGAUUUCUGGCUAGCUCUAUAUAAAUCAAGCUGUGAAAGUAUAUUAAUAAUCCUUGGGGAAUUUAUUGAAGUAAAUUUUGACAUGAAAAUAUUUUUAUUUUCCUGGAUCAGAAAGACAAAAGGACCAAGCCAAUGACAUUCUUUGUCUGGCCUUUGUCUAGUACCGGAGAUUAGAAUGCAAUGCAGAAUUAUUCUUUUAA